AUGGAUAAUAUAAAUAAUACUUUUCAUUCUAUCAAAUUUGACCACGAAAUCACAGUUCCUUUUCAUGACAUUCGUUCAGAUCAUACCGCUCAGCAAUAUUUAGUUCCUCCUUCGCUUCCGAUGCUCUCUGAAAAUACACUCCAUAGUCAUUUACCAGUUUAUGCUUCUAUCUUUACCGAAGAACCCUUUGAAUAUGUCCGUUCAUCACAAAUGCACCAUCUACCUUAUCCAAUGAUGUUUUUGUCGGAUCAAAAUGAUAUCAUGAUAGAGCCCACAAAUUAUAAUUUUCAAUUCCCAAACAAUAUUCAUCUAUCGCCUAACGAAUUUAUGGAGUAUCCAAACCACCGAGGCUCGCUUGCAAAUCUGGUACCUUCUCCCACAUCAUCCAUCACUACUGCCAGCAAUAUAUCUAUUAGCAGUAAGGGUGACUUAGCAUUUCAAGAUUCACCAAUCUCUUCCAUCACCGCAAGUUCGACGCCCAUUUUCCUUUCGUCCACUCAGUCUGCGAAUAUUGACAAGGACACGACCCCUGCUAAUCAAACGUUACCUAAUGAAUUGGUAAAAAAGCGUAGAUCCCGUGAUGAUGAUAAAGAAGCUGAAGAUAAAAGAAGUUUGAGAAGAAAGUAUUUGAAUCGCGCAGCAGCCAGGAGAUCAAGACAAAAAACAAAAGAUUAUUAUAAUGGGUUAAAACUGCGUGUUGAGGAAUUGGAAGAGGAACGAGUUGAAAAAUUAAAGGAGAUUGAAAAACUCAAAGAGAUUUUAAAAAAUUUGGGUCAAAAAAUUGAGUGA